ACGGCGAAUAUCGCAAGACCCUGGAAUCUGGCUGGUGACGAAGUGUCGACUGCUCUGGCGAAGUGUCGACUGCUCACGCAAGCACUCGAUGCAUUCCCCAACACCACCAUAAACGCACGCAUCAUACCAUGCAGCAAGUAUAACAACUUCUCAUACCCAUCACUAUCAUCUAUUGCCUAUUCCAAAAACUGCACACUCUGAUGACAGGCGCCCAGCCGCCACACUGGACCCUGACGUCUGCCCUGGAUGUCUGGUUGCCCCGCCCCGGCCGCAGCCAAGUUUAUUAAACGCAACCCUCAAAAAUCUUGGAAUGCGCGACAGGGGGACCCAAACAAGCUGAUGAUGCUGCUGCUGCUGCUGACGAUGAUGAAUACGAUAAUGCAAGUCAGACUGUGGCGUAGGGUGCACAGUAACCAAGCGCAAUUCGCAUUAACCACUGUUUCAAGCCUGGAAGGUGCAGGUUUGCCUUUUGUGCGCAGUUGCGCGCGUGUGUAUAGCAAAAUGCGCUUACUUCACUCUAGCAACCAGCUAGACAUGCGCUUAAAAGCACUGAGGGUGUACCGCUCGUGCGCAAGGGGAUGAUGAAUGACAAGGAGGGUGGUUGCGCACCCUAGGG